ACCGCGUUGGGUGCAGCCGCCCGUGCGUUGUGCUGCUGCUGGAGGAGUGUCUUCUGAACAAGUACUGAAAUCCCGCUGAUACUGGGGAAGGCCCAGUCCUCAGGUUGGACAGAGGAAUAUCCAAAACAAAGGCUCUUUUUUGGUGGCUUUCCAGGCUAUUUCUUCAUUGACAAAUUCGGUUUUAAAUAGAUUUGGACGCCUGAGUUGUGCUCUGGAACAAUGCCCUUUUGCUUUAAGGAGUGCUCCUGAGUAAUUCCCCCGGUGACGGUGACAGGAGGUGUGAUGGCAGAUCAGGCGGAGAAGCAGCAGGGUGUAAUUCUCCAAGAGCCUCACGCGCGUGCAUCACCUGUGAACACAGCAGAGGCAUCUCUCAGUUGCGCGGUGGCUGCUGGGUUGGUGAGAGCCGGGCUGGGGCAGGGCUGGCUUCCUGCGGCGCCAGCGGGGCGUGAUCCUUCAGCUGCGUUCAGAGAAAGCAGGAUUUGAAAGACCCAUCUGUUGUGAACAAGACAGCUGCUGAAACAUGGUGGAUUACUAUGAAGUCCUGGGAGUGCAGAAGCAUGCCUCACCAGAAGAUAUUAAAAAAGCGUACCGUAAAUUGGCAUUAAAAUGGCACCCUGACAAAAAUCCGGACAACAAAGAAGAGGCAGAGCGGCAAUUUAAACAAGUGGCUGAGGCCUAUGAAGUUUUGUCAGACGCUAAAAAACGUGACAUCUAUGACAGAUAUGGAAAAGAAGGCUUAAUAAAUGGAGGUGGAGGUGGAAGUCAUCAUGAUAAUCCAUUUGAAUUUGGAUUUACAUUCCGUAACCCAGAGGAUGUCUUCAGGGAGUUUUUUGGUGGAAGGGACCCUUUUUCGUUUGACUUCUUUGAAGAUCCUUUUGAAGACUUUUUUGGGAGCAGGCGGGGUCCAAGGGGAAGCAGAAGCAGAGGCGGUGGAUCGUUUUUCUCUGCUUUUGGUGGAUUCCCUGGUUUUGGAAGUGCUUUUCCUUCAUUUGACACAGGUUUUACUUCGUUUGGUUCACUGGGACAUGGAGGUCUCACUUCGUUCUCCUCCGCAUCGUUUGGUGGCAGUGGGAUGGGUAACUUCAAAUCAGUAUCAACCUCAACUAAAAUAGUCAACGGCAGAAAAAUUACUACAAAGAGAAUUGUUGAGAACGGACAAGAGAGAGUAGAAGUUGAAGAAGAUGGCCAGUUAAGGUCGCUAACAAUAAAUGGUAAGGAGCAGCUGCUACGCUUGGAUAACAAGUAAUUCAACGCACGCAUUUAACAGAAAUUUUAAGCUAUAACAGCCACCAUUUGAGGAUUGACAGGAACAUUUUUUGAAGAUUUCAAAAAGAACUCAACUUUCUGUAUAUCCGUACUUAAGAUUAAGUAGUAUAAAUAGCUCACGGGAGCUUGUAUUUGUCAUAGACUUUUGAGUUUAUUGUUGGGACCACAUCGAUAGGACCAUUUUUUUGUCCUUAAAAUUGUUGUAAAUUUCUGUAUGCACUUUUCUUUUUAUUAUCUAUGAUCCGAGGUGAACCAUGAUCCUUCAGUAGUGCUAGGGCAAGAUGUACACUAACACUAGCAUGAAUCUUGCUUUUUCCAAUUUGUUUGAAAUGUGAGCCAACUAGUAGUUUAAGUCUGCUGUGAAGUUAACAUUUCCAGGAUAAACUUUUUAAUAAUUUCAACUUUUUUUUAAUAUUUACUAGUGAAUGAUGUUAAUACAUUUCUGGUAAUGCAUUUCUGGUUUAAAUAAAUUAAGGAUGUUUUCUAGUUGUGCAUGAAUGCAGACAACUUAGUAAGUUUUGACAAAUGUUUAAAUGUGUAAUGUAAGCAAAAGGUAAACAAAAGUGAAGCCAGUAAGCUGGGUCUUUUUGUCAUUUGCUAAAAAAAAAAUUCAAAAUGAAUAAAUGCUGAUGUUUGUGGUGCAUUCUUUCAUGAAUGGCAUUUGUAACCUUCUUGUGUCUGUGUGUGAUUUGGGCAACUUGGGAAAUUGGUGCUUUUUUUCCCACCACCUUCUUCUUCCAUCUGAAGGAUGAGGGCCUUUUUUCUUUAGAUGUUCUCUUCAGUGUGACUGAAAACAUAUUUAAUUUCUUUUCUAAACCUGUAUUUGAAGCACCUAUUUUUAAGAAGUGUUCAGAGGCUGACUCUCUAACUCCAUCUUUUGCCCUAAUUUUUUUUUGAUCUGGGCGGAAAAUAAAUCACUGGUUAAAAAAACAAACAAACAAAGGCUUUAAGUUCUGAGACUGAGACUGCUUCAAAAAAUAAUCUGUAGUGAACACAAAUAUACAGAAAAACAAUUGGUAUUUUUUUAAAAAAAGCUUUCUGAAAAAUUUUCUCUCAUUUUGAGAACAAACAUGGUGACUUUGGAGCAAAUUUGCACAAAUUUACUAGGGACAAAUGAAAGCUAAAUGUGGUUAAAAUAGCUUGACUGAUUAAAAUAUCUCACUUUACUCAUCAACCAAAAAUAAGACGAUGGAUGCCUUUUUUUUUAAUUAAUGGAGUGAAGCAAAGUGUUAAUUUGUAGCUAAGACCAGAUUUUCAAAGUUUAGUGAAAGAUGACUUGAUGUCAUAGGGGAAGCAUGCAAAUAAGUAUUGGCAUUUGUUAACACCUGCCAGCCUCUGGGUAAUUUCAUAAAUAAAUUACACUUGUACAAUUUUGUCUGUGCACCAGCUUUGAACAUCUGGCCUUCACCAAAUUCUUUAGUCUUGCUUAGUGUUUUUUAAAAAAAAUAGCAUGGUGUUUUUAAAUGAUCACUUAAUGUCUUUUUACUGAACACCAUCUGCUUUGUACUAACAAACCCAUUGAUUAUUAAAGAUAUUGAAAAGAUUUGCUCGUGUUUAUCAUGCAGGAUAACUGAUUCAAUUUAGCACAAAACCAGCAAUCUAAAAACCUGCUAGAAUAGGAUUCAAAUUUACAGCAAAGUUAGCAUAUCUUAACUUUGUCCCUCUUCUUCAAUGUUAAUUUAAUGCAACCAAAUAAAGUAAGAGUUAGAAGAUGUUAAUAUAUACUUUGGUUUUGGGACCAAAGAUGUUACAUCCCUUUUCAAGUUCUUUGCAGAGUUGUUACUUCAGUGUUAUGUUUUUGGUGUAGAAGCACAAACUCAGUCUAGAACUUAAGCGUUUUCUUAUCGAUGCUGUUUUUCCUUCCCCUUGUAUGUUCCCUCCUGAUCCAGGUGAUAACUAAACAAUCAAUUUAUUUCAAAAUCUGGCUUUGUUGUGAUGUCUUGAGUUAUGAAAAAUGUUAAUUUACAUUUCUAGGACACGUAGUGUUCCUUUAAGUUAUGUAAACUGUAAAAAGUGCUUCAAAAUUGGUUAACCAACUCAAAUAAAAUUAGGACAAUCCGGA